CUCCUCUUCCUCCCUACUCCCAGAGAAGAGCUUCUAGCAAACGGAGCUGCUCCCACUGCCCUGUCUUCAGCCUCUGCACCAAGCCCCAAUUCCUCCCUGUGCUGUAGGAAGCAGGAUGCAGCCUGGAGUCUUGCUGGCAGCCAGCACCCUGGCAGCAGUGCUGGGUGUGGCCCUGCUGGAGGAUGGAGUGUGUAGGGCACCGGAUGGCAAGAACGGCUCCCCUGGAGUCCCUGGCCGUGAUGGGAGGCCAGGGCAAAAAGGUGACGUGGGAGAACCAGGGAGACCAGCGCUGAGCCUGAGCAUCAAGGGAUCCAAAGGGGAUGCAGGCGAACCAGGGCCUCCUGGCAAACCAGGCAUGCGUGGCCCACCUGGCUUUCCUGGCCUCGGGGGGUUGCCAGGGGUGCCAGGGCCACCGGGGCAGAAAGGGCAAGCUGGCGAUGUUCUGGGGCACCCGCAUCCCGCCUUCUCCGCCUCCAGGCUGUCCCCACCACGCGCAGGCACGACGGUGGUGUUUGACAGGAUCAUCACCAACCAGGAGAACUCCUACAGCCCCCAGACCGGGAAGUUCACCUGCCGCAUUCCCGGGCUCUACUACUUCGCCUUCCAGGUGGUGUCCAGCGGAGACCUGUGUCUGAGCAUCACCAGGAACGGGCUGGGCGUGGUCAGCUUCUGCGACAACAGCCGCGGCCUCCUGCAGGUGAACUCGGGCAGCAGCGUGCUCAGCCUGGCCGUGGGUGACCAGGUGUCCCUGACCACCAACCCCGCCCAGGGCAGCUCCAUUUACAGUGGCUCCGAGGCCGACAGCGUCUUCAGUGGGUUCCUGGUGUCCCCAGAGAUGGCCUGAGGGACUCCCACAGCGUCGUGGGGUGUCUGCCUGCCUGGCUGCUCCCUCUGGGUGUGUGGGAUGCUUUAGUGCCACAGCGCUUGGGGAUUGUUCCAAACUCAGCAUCCAAAAGUGUUCUGUGCUUCCACCAGUGUCACAGCUGCCAAGCUCUGGGUCACCAGUGCAGCACUCACCUGCAUGCUGAGCCUGCCUGCACUAUCCUGGAGGCUGUGGACUCUCAGCCCUUUCUCCUCCUGGGCACUCAAGCUCCACUCCCAGUGGUCACCAGCUGUGGCUCUUUGCUCCUCAGUGGGAAAUCACUGCCUGCCGCUGCUUCUGCUCCACUAACCACUGCAAAAAUCUUCCUGACACUGGGACAUAUCCUGUCACAACCUUCCCAUAUAAAUGUAUAAAUAAAUACUUCUAUCACUA